AUGUCUUACCCCGAGCCCGCUGCAAUCACCGCCAUUCCUUCAAUAGAUGUUAGUGGCUCGCUCGGGCCGAUGGUCCUCAAUACGCUCCGCGUGUCCUUGAUCACAAAUGCGGCAUACACGUACAUGGUCACGGAUUUCAUGAAUCUAAUAGCGAUUUUGAAGCCAACCUGGGGUAUUUUCCCUUCCACCGUUAUCACAGUAGGUUUCAACAACGCAGUUGUGCGAGGCAUAUUCUGCGUUAGGCUCUGGCGCUUGAGCGGUAGAAAUUGGUGGCUUGCGUCAGCGAUCGCACUAUUCGUCCUCACGGCACUGGGAGUCAAUGUUGCAUACGCCGUUGUAUCCCACGGCUUCAAAACCUGGUUCGACCUUCCCAAGUACUCUUGGCUGCUCUCCCUCAGCUUGGCAUUGAGCAUGGUUGCGGACAUUCUCAUCUCCGCAUCGCUCUGCGUUUUGCUUGCGAUGCGAAAGACGGGCCACGCAAGAUCGGAUAGCAUCGUCAAAACUUUGACGAUUUAUGCGAUAAACAACGCGCUCCUGAGCACCACCUGCGCCUUGGUCUGUCUGGUAACAUACCUGACCAUGCCCGGGAAUUUCAUCUUCAUGGCUUUGUACAUGAUCUAUCCGGAAUUGAUUCUGAACGCACUUCUGGCGACCUUCAACGGGCGGCCCUCUCUCCAGAAGAAGAUGAUGGCAGUGACGGUUCAACACACCCCCUUCGACACGGAACAGUCCGGGCGUAAUGCUCACUCAAAGAGAGAGGUGUCAAUGUCGUGGAACUUGGACCGCUGGAUACUAGAGGUUCAGCUGCUCAAUAAACAGACAUAUGGGUAG